AUGAUAAUCCAUCCAGCUACCUUUGAAGGCUUCUCUCCGAGAAAUCUUUUCUCAUCACUCCUGUCACCGUCACUGAAACCUCAAUUUACUCGCGAGGAUGCAAUCACCUGCUUGGAUUCUGUCCAGCUCUUCCCUGUAUAUGACGUUGCUGCUGCCGUGCAGGCAAUUUCGGAGGUUUCGAACCUCCUCGAUAGAUCUCGAGAAGAGCGGGCUCGAACGCAAAAUUCCGAACAGCUUUCAGAACCCAACGAUGCCUCCGUUCUACUUAUCGUCGCUGGCCUGGACACGCUGGCCGAGGCCGCAGUUCGUGCUUCGAAUACUCUCCGGGGUGCGGCGAUUCUGACAACCGCGUUACGCUCUUUGACUCACUUGUCGCGGGUGCACAGCUCAGUCCUGUCCGUGAUGCUGGUCAAUACCAACGGACUUGGGUCUUUUGGUACCUCCGCCAACGCUCCUAACCAUACACAACAAAGUAAAUCACGAAGAGACCACCAAGACGAUGGCAUUCACUCUAUCUUUCAUACGUCCGAGAGCCCACUGCUACCCAGUUUGCUAAUGCGGACGCUGGAUCAAGGCAUCGAUACGCACCUUUUGCUAUCGAUGACCACGACCGCUACUGUGGUCGAAGUCAUCAAGGAUCGAGUUGGGGAGAGUGUUGGGAAGUGGUGUAUCUGGGACAAACGGGCGAAAUAA